AUAAAUUGAGGUGUCCAACUUUUUCCCGGUUACUGUGCGUGCGCUCGUGCUUGGACGACAUCCAGUGGACAACAUGUCGCAGUAUUCCGGAAAGAUCACCUUCUUCGAGGGGAAGUGCUUCACGGGCAGGAAGCUGGAGGUCAGAGGUGACUGCGACAACUUCCAGGACCGUGGCUUCAUGAACAGGGUCAACUCCAUCCGCGUGGAGAGCGGCGCCUGGAUCUGCUUCGACCAUCCCGACUUCAAGGGCCAGCAGUACAUCCUGGAACACGGCGAGUACCCCGAGUUCCAGAGGUGGAACUCCCACAACGACCACAUGGGCUCCUGCAAGCCCGUCCGCAUGCACGGAGAACAUUAUCGCAUCGAGAUCUUUGAGGGCUGCAACUUCUCCGGCCAGAGCGUGGACAUCUGUGACGAUUGUCCCUUCCUGCAGAGCCGCGGCCUGUCCAAGAACUGCAUCAACUCCGUCAAGGUGUACGGAGACGGCGCCUGGGUGAUGUACGAGGAGCCCAACUUCCGAGGCCGCAUGUACGUGGUGGAGCGGGGCCAGUACACCAGUCACAACGAGUGGCAGGCCCAGAACCCAAACAUCCAGUCCAUCCGCCGAGUGGUCAACUACUUCUAGACGCAGACAACAACCAUUAAACUUUUUCUUUUCAAUUCCAAA